AUGACAAUACUUGGACUUUUAUUUCUCUGCCUGUGCUCCUUUCAAGCCUCCAGGUCCCAACUUCUUGUGGACUUGGCUCGCGAUUUUGAGACUUCUUUGCUGAACAAUCGGAUCCCCGACACCAAACGUUUCCUGCCGGAAUAUGACUUCAUCAUUGUUGGAGCAGGAAGUGCUGGUUGCGUCCUGGCCAACCGACUCAGUGAGAUCUCCUCGGCUAGCGUUUUACUCUUGGAGGCCGGUGAUCAGGAGACCUUCAUCAGUGAUGUCCCUUUGACAGCAGCUCUCACGCAGAUGACCCGCUAUAAUUGGGGCUACAAAGCAGAGCCCACGGAACACGCCUGUCAAGGAUUAAAGGAUGGAGUUUGCAAUUGGCCCAAGGGUCGUGGCGUGGGUGGCACUAGUUUGAUCAACUUUAUGCUAUAUACCCGUGGUCAUCGCAGGGAUUAUGAUGAGUGGGCAGCGGCCAAUAACUCAGGUUGGUCCUACGACGAAAUUUUGCCCUACUUCAAGAAAUCAGAAAGGAUUGGUAUCCCAGAGCUCUACAAGUCACCCUAUCAUGGUCGCAAUGGACAGUUGGAUGUGCAGUAUACGGAUUACAGGUCUCAGCUUCUGAAGGCCUUCCUAAAAUCUGGCAGGGAUAUGGGUUAUGAUAUAACAGAUCCCAAUGGAGAACAUCUAAUGGGAUUCGGUAGGUCCCAGGCCACCAUUCGGAAUGGCAGGCGGUGCAGCACUAGCAAGGCAUUCAUACAGCCGGUGGUUCAUCGAAAGAAUCUGCACAUCUCCAUGAAGAGCUGGGUCACCAAGUUGAUCAUCGAUCCGAUUACUAAAACAGCCACCGGAGUGGAGUUUGUGAAGCAACGGCAACGAUUUGUGGUGCGGGCUAGAAAGGAAGUGAUCCUUUCUGCGGGAACCAUUGCCAGUCCUCAACUUUUGAUGUUAUCCGGAGUGGGUCCAGCGGAGCAUCUUAAAGAGCACAAUAUUACAGUGACACAAGAUCUGCCAGUGGGUUAUAACCUCCAGGACCACAUAACAUUGAAUGGUCUGGUGUUCGUGGUCAAUGAUUCAACGGUUAAUGAUGCUCGUCUACUAAAUCCCUCGGAUAUCUUUCGAUACAUCUUUGCGGGACAGGGACCGUAUACCAUUCCGGGUGGGGCCGAGGCAUUCGCAUUUGUAAAGACUCCUAGUUCCAAAUUUGCUAAAGAUUACCCUGAUAUGGAAAUAGUUUUGGGCGCUGGAUCCUUAAGUGGCGAUCGUUUUGGCACCAUGCGUAAUUUGCUGGGAAUCACCGAUGAGUUCUACGACUAUAUGUUUGGCGAUCUGCAGAACAAGGAGACUUUUGGCUUAGUUCCCGUACUCCUGCGACCCAAAAGUCGGGGUAGAAUAUCGCUGCGUAGUCGUAAUCCUUUCCACUGGCCCCGAAUGGAGCCAAAUUUCAUGCAGCAUCCAGACGAUGUAAGAGCUAUGAUCGAGGGAGUCCAAAUGAUAUUGAAGCUAGCCCGAUCGAAGCCCAUGGUGAAGAUGGGAACUCGUUUCCAUGAUCGCCCUUUUCCGGGAUGUGAACACCUGAAAUUCGCCAGCGAGGAGUACUGGAAAUGCUGCCUGCGAAGAUAUGGUUCCAGUUUGCAGCACCAAUCGGGGACCUGCAAGAUGGGCCCAGCUGCAGAUAAUACUACAGUAGUGGAUGCUCAACUCAGAGUCCAUGGCAUACGAGGAUUAAGGGUGGUGGAUGCUUCUGUUUUGCCCAAUGUUCCAGCUGGUCACACGAAUGCCAUUGUGAUAAUGGUUGCCGAGAAAGCAUCGGAUAUGAUUAAAGAUGCCUGGCGCAUGAAAAUCACACCCUUGGAUUCCUGAAUCUAUACCGAAGUUCAUUAUUUAUUAUUUAGUUCUCGCACAAGUCAAUAAUUUAAGUUCUCAUGUGAUAGUUAAGAUAGUUUUUAAGUCGAUCAUUGGCUUGUAAUUGGGGUAUCUAUA